AUUCAACAAGCGUUCUAGGCCCAGCCGCUCAGAUCGGCUAGCCUCCAGGCUAAUUGGGAGCGUUGAGGCGGCUCGUGGAAUCCAUCCGGAGACGUUUUCCGGGCGGGCAUUUUCGCUGCUUGCGGCAGGGGAGUCGUCGUCGGCGUGAUGUCUUGGAGGUUCAUGAGAGAUUUUGCGUGGGAAUUGGAUCCUGAAAUAUAUGGAGAUCGACAUUACAAUCCUUUUACUCGAGAAUUUUAUCCCAGCCUAGAGGAUAUUGUGGGAUCGGAUGCUGCUACAGUGACUGAUGAAGAUAUAGAUUCAGCUAUCUUAUUUGGAACUUUGAGAGGCAAUGUGGUUGGCUUACGGUACUAUACAGGGAUGGUCAAUAAUAAUGAAAUGGUUGCACUCCAGAGGGAGCCUAACAACCCAUACGACAGCAAUGCUGUAAAAGUAAAUAAUGUGAAUGGAGAACAGGUAGGCCACAUCAAAAAAGAGCUGGCAGCAUCGUUGGCAUACAUCAUGGACAACAAAUUGGCAGUGGUGGAGGGGGUUGUUCCUUAUGGAGCAAAUAAUGCUUUCACUAUGCCGGUACAGUUGAGUUUUUGGGGAAGAGCAGAAAAUAAGCAAGUGGUUCUAGAGCGACUAAAAAUGCAUGGAUUUAAGUUAGCUCCUCCAGGAAAAUCUUCAGAAUUUGGUUUUGGAAUUAGCUGGACAUCUGGCAAAGCUGGAACAAGUUAUGGUGCUCCAGUCCAUGCUGCUGUACAAAUGACAACUGAACAGCUCAAGACUGAAUUUGACAAACUCUUUGAAGAUCUGAAGGAAGAUGAUAAAACUCGUGAAGUGGAAGCAGCAGAGGCUGUUGUAACUCCAUUACUUCCACAUCAGAAGCAAGCUUUGGCUUGGAUGAUUUCACGUGAGAAUAAUAAGGAAUUGCCUCCUUUUUGGGAAGAGAGAGAGAACUACUACUACAAUACACUUACAAACUUUGCUGAAAAAAAGCGGCCAGAAAAUGUUCUUGGAGGGAUACUGGCAGAUGACAUGGGCUUGGGUAAAACACUUACUGCUAUAGCUGUGAUUCUCACCAACUUCCAUGAUGGCAAACCAUUUCCUGUUGAGAAGAAAAGAGAUCAAUUGAAGGAGAAAUGUGUUUCUGCUGUGAAAAAUGACUUAAAAGCACCCACAUGUAGCUUGCAGUCGAACCCUUCUGAUACAAAGGAGAGUGAUGCUCUUCUGUCUCAGUUAUCCAGAUCCCAUAUAAAGAGAGCUACAAGCAAAAAGCAGAAGUAUACAGGAAGAAGUGACUCAGAGCCUGAAGAGCAGAACACACAAAAAAUAACAACUUCUUGCGAUAUUCAAGAGGAUAAAUCAUUUGCCUCUGUGCUUGGGGAACCAGCCAUUUCUUCAAAAAAGGCAAAGAAAAAAGCCACAGUGCAAAAAACAAAUCCAGCAGCAAGAAAGAGAGGAAAAGCUUCUUGUGAUAUUCAAGAGGAUAAAUCAUUUGCCUCUGUGCUUGGGGAACCAGCCAUUUCUUCAAAAAAGGCAAAGAAAAAAGGUGUUGCUACUGUACAGCAAAAGAAAAAUGAAGUUGAAGAGAGACUUAAAACAACACUGAUUAUUUGUCCACUCUCUGUCCUAAGUAACUGGAUUGAUCAGUUUGAACAACAUGUUGAUCCAUGUGUUCACUUGAAUACUUACGUUUACUAUGGCUUGGAGCGCAGCAAAGAUCCAGCAGUACUUUCAAGCCAGGAUGUUGUAUUAACAACAUACAACGUUUUAGCUAGUGACUACAGAGCCAGAGGUAAUAGUCCUUUACACAAAUUAAAAUGGCUGAGAGUGGUGUUGGAUGAAGGACACACAAUACGAAAUCCAAAUGCUCAACAGACAAAAGCUGUGCUGGAUCUCGAUGCGCAAAGAAGAUGGAUUUUGACAGGCACACCUAUUCAGAAUUCCUUAAAAGAUUUGUGGUCUCUUCUUUCCUUUUUAAAGUUGAAGCCUUUUAUAGAUAGAGAGUGGUGGCAUAGAACAAUCCAGCGGCCUGUCACUAUGGGAGAUCAAGGCGGGCUUAAGCGUUUACAAUUAUUGAUUAAGAGCAUUACACUUCGAAGAACUAAAACAAGCAAAGUUAAAGGGAAGCCAGUUUUGAAGCUCCCGGGACGCAAAGUGUUCCUUCAGCAUAUUACACUUACAGAUGAAGAGAGCCUAAUGUAUCAUUCUGUGAGAAAUGAGAGCAUUGCUGCUAUUAUCAGGUAUUUUAAUGAAGGAACUGUCUUGACCCACUAUGCAGAUGUUCUUGGUGCUUUGCUCAGAUUGAGACAGCUGUGUUGUCAUCCAUGGCUCUGUACAAGUGUAUCUUCAUCCAGCAGCGCAGAAGGUAAUGGUACCCCUGAAGAACUGCGUAAGAAAUUAAUAGAGAAAAUGAAAUUAAUUCUAAGCUCUGGAUCAGAUGAAGAAUGUGCAAUUUGUUUAGAGUCCCUGAACCUUCCUAUGAUAACACACUGUGCUCAUGUGUUCUGUAAGCCAUGUAUUUGUGAAGUCAUCCAAAGGGAGAAGCCAAAUGCCAAAUGUCCUCUUUGCAGGAAAGAAGUUGGUUUAGAAAAUUUAGUAGAAUGUCCCUUAGAGGAGCUGGAUAAUGGAAAAAAGGCUGACAAAGAAUGGGUAUCUAGUUCAAAGAUCAAUGCAUUAAUGCAUGCCUUGACAGAACUAAGGAAGCAAAAUCCAGCUAUUAAGAGUUUAAUAGUUUCUCAGUUCACAAAAUUCUUGUCUCUAAUAGAGAUUCCACUAAAGGAAUCUGGGUUUGCUUUUGCUCGUUUGGAUGGGUCUAUGACACAGAAAAAGAGAGUUGAGGCAAUUCACCAGUUCCAAAGUAAUGAAGAAGGGUCCCCAACUGUAAUGCUGUUAUCCCUAAAAGCUGGUGGUGUUGGUUUGAAUCUUACAGCAGCUUCACGAGUGUUUUUAAUGGAUCCAGCUUGGAAUCCCGCUGCAGAGGACCAGUGCUUUGACAGAUGUCACAGACUUGGGCAGAAGCAAGAUGUUGUCAUCACCAAGUUUAUUGUGAAGAACUCCGUGGAAGAAAACAUGUUGAAAAUCCAGAACAAGAAGAAAGAACUUGCAGCUGGGGCCUUUGGAACAAAAAAACCUUCUUCUAGUGAAACAAAAAUUAAUGACAUUAAAACGUUGAUGGAUUUGUAGUUUGAGAUGUUGGGGACAGCUCUAAUUUAAAUAUGGGGUUGAGUAUGAGCUGAUGUUACCUAUUCGGUCGGCAUGUACAUAGUGUUUAAAAUUAAUCUGUUAAAUCAUAAGAUGUCAGGUAUCAAGAAGACUGAUGCAAUUCCACCCUUAACUUUUUUUUAUUACUCUUAGGCUAAGCCAGAGGAAGGGCUCUUGCUUUUAGAGCAGUGUUUUUUAGGUUGUUGUUUUUUAACUAUUUUCCUUCCAUUGGGAAUAAUGGAAAUAAAAGAGAUUUAUGCCAGCUCUUGAGAUGGAGUAAAUUUCUCAUGAGGUUGGGACUGUGUGAGGGGGCUGGGUAGAAGCUGGAUCAUUUGGAUCCAAGCCUUUCCUUGUUUUCCUGAUAUGCCCCCAAACCACCCCGAUACAUUCCCCUUGUACUAUUGGCAUCAGAGCUCUGACAACAGUAGGGCCAGGGCUAGAGAAAUUUUUGCAGCAGUGGGGAGGGGGGGAUCCAACAUCAGCUCCCUUUCCUACUUCACCCUUUGGAAAGGGAGAUCCAAUGUAUCCAAUGUCCCCUGGGAUUGCAGUUGUAGGGUCUGUGGCAGUGAAUAUCCUGAAGCCUCUACAUUAUAGAUUUCAAAACAUGGCUGGGAAGAUGUUCUUUAAAUGCACUGGUAACCUUCAUUAGAUUUUCUUAAAUUGUGUUUCAUGUAUGAAGACCAAGUGGGUAUUCUUCCAAAUAAGAAAUACUAUGCUUUAGAGCACAGAAGAACAAGUAUUAUGUGUCAUAUUUAAUUUGUGUUCUGGGCAGAUUGGCAACAACAAUAGCAAACACCAACAUGCUUUUGUCCUCUGCACUGAACAUCAGUUAUAUAACAUAGUUUCUGUGUUCCUGUAAUUAUCUACAUCAGUAAAGGAAAGUGUAUAUAGAGAAGAACCAAAAUUAAGUUCUUGAUUUUUUUCCUAGGCUUUAUCAAAACAAUUUUAACUCAUAAAAAUACAAUAUUUUAUUUGAGUUAUAGCUACACUGUUUUUAGUUCAUUACAAACUCCUAAUUUUAUAGUGUUAUGACAUACAAUAGUCUGUAUAUUGAAGAAUAAUGUCUACUACAUACUGAGUUUUCUACCAUCUUCUGGAGCUAGAUUCUGAACUUAAGAAACCAUGUUUACUGAAAACAAGUAAACUUUUGUCUGAGUUUAUACUCUGCCUCUGUUCUCUUGCUUGUUAGCAGUCAUUCAAGAAAUAAAAUUGCUCAAAAUAGUAAAA